AUGGAAUCACGCAUUUCAAAAAUGGAUCUCCGACUUGGCGACGCGCUCACCAACCAGAAGGGUGGCAAAUUUCUGCUUGCUGAGCUUCUGUGCUGGAAAACAACCCAAUGGGCCGAAAUCCUCUAUGAGCCCAGCUCCUUUGGCAAAGGCGAGCAAACCUCCGAACGAGUCAGCCUGGUGCUUGAGCUCACGUCUGAAAUGGAAAAGAUCGUGGAGCACUUGGAGAAGCAGGCCUCAACCCAAGUCGCCGCCAAGAAGCUGGUCCGAUUUUGGGACACAGACGGCAACAGACUGAUGAAUCCGCCGGCUGAGCUCAGAGGCCGCAAGGCAUUGGUUGCGAUCGAGGCGCGGCAGCUGUGGAUCAUGGGGCAGCAGUGUGGCCUUCUCAUGGAGGCCCGCGACAUCAAGCUACAGGCACAGAAGGAAGAUUGCUGGACAGCCUCGUUGGAGAUCUUCCGACAAUUUUGCGCGAGACAGCCCAACGCGCAACGUUCCAGCGCCCUGAAAUUAGACAUCAGCUUCCAAAAGUUCAUCAUGGAGCCUUGGCAAAUCUCGGACGCUUGGAAGGCAUUCAUCGGCCACUCAAAAACUCAGCGGCUGCAGAAGCGCUUUCAUCAGGAAGAGCAAAUGUGGUGUCACUUAGCUGCCACAAACCGCGCUCAUUUCCACAUGAUGCGCAUUCCAAACGAAGGCCGCGAACCUGAUUGGCAAGCAGGCUUAGAGGAAUGGCUUUGGAGCGUAGAUUCUAUCUGUGAAGACAUCUGCAACCGAAUCGCGCAGGAAAUGAACGAGCUCACAGAAACAUUGACUGUAGAGAAAGUUCUUGAAGGCUUUCGUCAUUUAGAUGGCAUCGAGCAAGCUCAGAGACGGCUACUUCGUCGUCAUCAUUUGAUGAACGAGACUGAUUCAGAAUCAUCUGGUGAAAUGACUGAGACUGACUCGAAAUCAUCUUAUGAACUGAACGAGACUGACUCGGAAUCAUCUUAUGAGUACGGGGAUAUGAUGGUUAAAAUGUUCCGAUUGAUCCGAAAUUGGUGCUUUGCUGGCACGGUUCUUUUGACCGUAUAUGCAAGGGCCCGGUGGUCUGACAUAAAUCAGACUAUCAUACAGGACUGUGACGAGCGAGGCAUUCUUGCCUAUCUUGAGUGCCGGGCGGGCGUUCGCAAAACUCAGAGGGCGCGACAAUUCAAAGGGCAACUGCUACCGUUGUGUGCACCCGCAAUAGGGGUGGUGGAGUCCAACUGGGCUGUGCAGUUCAUGAGGGCCAGAGCGGAGCUGGGCAUGGGCUCACCUCCUGACUUCCCCCUUUUUGGGGCGCCGGAUGCUAAUGGUGUCCCCACUGCGAGGCACCUUGACACAGACGAAGCUGGCAGGUGGCUCAGGUGCUUGCUCUUCGGUAGACCUGAUGCGAUAAAGGACCGCCGCGUGACUUCACACAGCAUGAAAGCUACAUGUUUGAGCUUUGCUGCGAAGUAUGGAGUGGGCAUUUCCGAUAGGUUGCUCCUGGGAUAUCACACUUCUGGGGAUGCUCGCGUGGCCUUGCUGUACUCGCGGGAUUCCAAUGCUCAUCCAUUGCGGAUUUUAGAAUCUGCGCUGAAAGAUAUCAGACUUGACAAUUUCAGGCCGGAUUCCACCCGCUUCGUGGCAAAACCGGCUGUCAGGGCAGAGGCGAUUGAGAUCAAAGAUGAGGAGGAUCCGCCAGAGGACAAUUCGUGGUCGGGGCCAGACAGGGGUGAACCUCAAGCGGAGGAUCAUGCAGAUGGUGGUCACGUGACUGCAGGCUCAUCGGAGAGUGCUAGCUCCGCUGAGGAGGAAGGCGUGCGAAGUCAGGCGUCCAUCACAUCGCUAGGGCGGGGGCUUGCUUUCUGCGUAGGUUCCCUGCAAGUGCCGCCCACUGAUGCUCAGAUUGAUACCUUGAGUGGUCAUGUGUUCGGAAGCUCCCCCACGAUAGGGCAGAAGUCCAUGCUGAGACGCCUGCAUUUUGAAGCUUCAGCAUUAGUUGUUCAAACUUACCGUGACUUGGCGAACGCUGACACUGUUGAAGGGCUCAGCCAGAAGCGGCUUCCACCUCCUGAGAAGCGUGCACGCAUGGACAAACAGAAGCAGAGGCUUACUGGCUUGGAGCUUAGUGGCGAGCUGGAGCCAAGCCACCAGUUGAUUGAUCUGUGCAACAGCCAGUAUGAGUCAGGUAUUCUGACUUGGAUUCCGCCGUCAAAGUGUAGUAAGAGAGGGGUGGAGGUAGUGGCUGGCCAGAAGGAUCAUCCAUCUCUCUUGAAGGUAGAGCAAGGUGUGGUGAAAGUGAGUGCAGGCCAAGUCAACAUUGACUGCGCCGUUAGUGUGCCACCUCCCUCGUAUGCUCCCAUCAGUUUGAGUCAGUGCAUUAGGGCCGACAAGGAGCUUUUCAUGUUGCUUGCGCGGGAGGCCCCGCCCCCUUUCAAGGUCGAUGCGACUGGCGAAUCACCUCUUGAGCGUGAUCGGCUCCGUGUUUCACUUGACAAUGCCAAAUCCAAACACUUCGAUCUUUUAAGAGCCCGAAAGUCAUCUGCCGUGACCGGCGCCGCAGCGGAGUCGUUGGACUCGUGUGAUCCUGCGACGGUUGACACUGCGCGUGUCAAAGGGCUGAGCACAGCGCGUGGAGUCGUGAACGACUGCAAGUCUUCAGCCUCUGCAUCAAGUUUUCCUUAUGCGUGUGAAGGCGCCGCGAAGUCGGUUGCCAUCCUCAAUACCAAUUCUGCAAACGAGCCCAUUGGACAAGCUGUUGCCACAGCUCGUGGGCCUGAUAUGGACUCUUCCUUCGAUUCCGAGGCUUUGCCUGCGCUGUUUGAUUCUUUACCAAAGGAUCCUGCUCGGGUGGAGGCCUCUGGCACGAAUCGUCUCAAGGUGACGUUGCAAAGGACACACCUCAUGGGUCCGUCGUGGGAGUGGUAA